CCGCAAUGUGGACCGCUUCGCACGUUUUGCCCGGCCCGGCCGCCUCGACGCUGCCUUCUGGACACUCGCUCCGCGGCUUCACAGCCGUCUGCUUGAUGCACACGUUGUUCCUGUACUCGUACUUUGCCGGACACUCGGGCUUGGCUGCCUUCUCCAGCCGCUUCACGCAGACGGUGCCUUCGAGCUGGUACCCGUCGUCACACUUCAGUGUCGGCUCUGCGAGCUGCGACAUCACACAUUCUUUCCCAUUGAAGUCGUGCCCAGCUGGACACACUGCGUUCGGCUGCAGCCGCACGACAUUUCGACAGAUGCCGCCAUCCAGGCGAUACCCGUGGGGGCAUCUUUGCUCCGGACGCACUGUCUCGACGCGGACGCACAUGCCGCUCUCGAGUUCAAAGCCUCGACUGCACGCCACGUGUGGCGGGGAGCUUUCCAGAAUGAAGCACUUGUCACCUUGCUGCCGCGCGCCGGGUGGACAAACUGCCUCAGGCUUCUCCUUGAUGUCGCGCAGGCAGAGAUCCCCGCUCGACAGCUUGUAGCCGUCGUCGCAGUACUGCUGAGCCUUCGACUCCUGGGAACGCAUGCACGCCGCCCCAGUGAACGUGUAGUCCCGUGGACAGCUAGCCAAAGCCUUGAUGAACUCUUCCACUUCACACCGGUCGCCUACCAACAGCUCGUCCGCGCCGCAUGUCAACACGCUUUUCACUUCCUUCUCGGUUACGCACUCCCCGCCCUGCAUUGCAUGGAAAAGCGCCACAACGAGGAAAAUGUGACGGAAGAGGGAACGGCGCAACACCCGGUUGUGCUACUAAUUUGUUCUGCGGUGUUACCGCUAACAAUUCCCCUCCAACAAGGUGCAUCUGUCGAUAUUGAAGUCCACCACUUUCAGCUAUCUUAAGCUUUCCAGGCGGUGGUGGUGUACGGUAGUCAUAAGGAAUGUGGUCGUCUGUAUCGUAUAGGGGGGCUGUUCGGUCUGACGUUGCGUUAUACUACUCUGAGGUUUGUGGUACUUCGAGAUCAGUGGUUGUGUCCCCUCCUCCGGAAUUCUGGUUCUAAGAGAACGACGCAGACGCCCUCGAGUACGAGAAGCCGUUCUCAUCAUGAGAGGGUACGACUUCAGCGCAUUCAGAAUUCUCGCUCGGCGUUCCCCAUACUACAUGAAGCAAUUCGUCUUUUUUCGCAUUUCCCUUGCCGACAACCAUGCUGUGCUGAGUGACAAAGAAAAUUGAGCUACGGGAGGUGCUGGAUAGAAGGAAACAACGAAGGCUGAUUAGUGAUAAUCACGGUACAUGAGGUGGCAUACCAGAAGAAAGCGUGCGGAAAUGUUUGCCUUCUUUGGAUUGUCAGUACCCCUAAACUUUACAGUGACCUCUAAAGGACUAGGGAGCGAGACGUAUGUCUACGUAUACGAUUAAGCUGAUAAAAACGCAUCCACAAGGCACCGAAAGUUGCCUAUAGGUGUGCUUCGACUUAAGUCAACCCCGCACUGAAGCGUGCGGGAUGGCUUGUACCAUUGUCUUGCCGCGUUCCUUCAGUUUCGAGCGUAGGCUCCGCUCUCUGGGUACCCGUCUUCACUCUCCCUCUCGUGGUUCAGGGUGUUUUUCGUUACCACGUAUCCACUGCAACCUGAUGCCGUCCUCACCUCGAAGGAUGCGCGAGGCGGACACAGCGUCAUGGGCCUCCUGGCAAUUUCCUUCUUACAAACUCCACCGUCGAGGUUGUAACCAGUAGGGCAUUCCUCCAAAGCGGCAGCCACAUCUUCAUUUCCUGCGAUGAGCGGAACGAUUUCUUGUGCACCAGCGUUCCACGCGUGAGUCGCUACCAGGCAAACGCCUGAAGCGAACAAGGAAACGAGUUUCGAUCGACGGCGAGACGGGGCCAUUGUACGCAGCGGAAAAGGCAGAGUUGCCGAGAGACACUAACGUAACCGGAGGAAACGAAGAAACGAGCGGCAGUUGACAAGGGGCACCCGCAGAACCAGUGGAUGGUUUAGGACGGGAGAUACACGAAAACGAAAGGGGAGGGAAUACAGUCGAAAAAUGUAGCGAAGGGGCAGUGAGUCUUAGUAAGGAUACUAAAAACUCAAAGCAAGAGCGGGCAAUUCUAGAGUGAUGUCGCAGGUACCUGUGUACAAAAAUAUAUGCGGGUACGUGUUCAAGGACGACUUUCGCGUCCUGAAGAGUUCUCCUCUGACAGAGAGAGCUGUUUUGACAAAGGGAGCCUCUGAGGAUAGCUGGCCGCGCACGGAGACCAGAAACCUGAGCGAGGAGAAGGCAGUACGAAGAAGUUGACAAAAACUCUAAAGGGAAAGUGACCUUUCUGCCGCUUCGCAAAAGAACAAAUGUGAAGCUUACAAUGUCAACGGUUCCUCACGAGGCAGAUCGGCCGCCUGUCAGUUGUCGCUGCCCCCGAAAAACCCUCGUGAAGCAAUAUUUCUGAUUGCAGGCUCAAAGACGCCUUUUGAAGUAGGUCACUGACACCACGUUCACCCGAGCAACCCACUGGCUCUAAGAGCACUUUUCACAGCGUAUCCUCAGUUCCUUUACCGUCUUUCGUGCCUGUAUCUUUAUGGGUUGUUGCGCAGACGGUAAAAGCGAACGUCAAAGAUAUCUUCUGCUGAAACGUACUAGUGUGGUUUUCAUCGAAGCCAGUUCAGUGACGCAGUGUAGUUCCGGUAGGACAAUGUACAGACGAUUUGAGGAACUCACACAAAAUGAGGAAAAUAGGGGUAGCACAAAGGAGAGGCUCUGAGAAAAAUUCCCCUCUUACCAAACGUCAGUAUUCUCGCGAACCACGCGCAUCGUUCGGAGGGCGAGUUUUUCGAUGUUUCCUGGCCGAGAGGUCUCUCGAAGCGUUGGGUAACGUCAGAAACAGACUUGCGUGAAACUCCUCGAUCUGAGCCACUGUUUCACCGCUAGUCCAUCGAACCAGUAUGUGUAACAGUUUCAAGUACAAAGGUCCCCCGCUCCUAGGAAACCCAAAUCACUUGGUGACUGUAAAUUUAGACCACCUGAUACCUCUCGUCACUCGACUGCUUAGCUGAAGAUGUGGAUAUUUCACUAUCCUAGCAGAGCCUACAGGGUAUCGCGAGACAGAUUUACACGGUCGUAAGCGUUCUGAUAAUAAUAAUAAUAAUGCGAGUGUCUAUUACAAACAAACAUCGCCUUUGUGAUUCGAUUUCAUGCCCAUGGGUGCCGGUAUCGUGAAUGCUGCAACUCCUGAGGUCGAGUUGACAGCAUUUACGAGGUUUGCAUCCCACGAGAGUAUCGAGGGAGAUUUGUCGAACGCAAGUACGACUAUCUGCUUCCCUGUUACGGCAAGAACGCUUUUGUUGCGGUCCUUUCGCCACAUCGACUGCUACUGUGGGACUUGCUCGCUGCUGGACAGAACUCCUCCCUUUUCCCCUCCGUUUUCCCUCCACGAGACACACAGGUGCAGCUAGCUGAGUUUUCCUGAGGCCUCUCGCCGUUUUCCCAGCACCCAGACCUCGCGACCCUGGAUUCUUGAUCGUUUCUGCUCUUGUGCCAUCUGAACAGUGGCAGCCGCUGUUCUGCCACUCCGGUGAUCUUUUCUCUCAAAGUGAUCUUUUUUCUCGAAAUGACCAUUUCUUUCAACGUCAUCAUCUCUCUGAACGUCUCUGCGUUUCAUCGAGCUUUACUGUCCGUCAAACCCCUUCUUCCUCAGCCUCACCACGAACGCUGCUUUGCCUAAAAAACAGCCAAGAUCUGGCUGUCCUAACCAUCCAGAGCUCACGCUGCCUUGAGCGACUUCCUGCGGUUUUCGACGACUCUGCACCUUCAAAACCUCCAACGAGAGCGUCAAAUCGAAGAGAAAAUGUCCUCAGAACCUUCCAGUCGACAAGAUGGGAAACAGAUACCCUUUUCCGGGAGCUGCUUGACCUGAGUAUGCCUUGUCCAGGUUGAGUUGGCAACUUCAAACACAACGAACUCCAGGGUCUUUCUGUGCGGAAACUGAGGGUCGGCGCCGUUUAACGGCGGCCCCUUUCUCUUCCUUUGUCCUUCUCUGGGACUCGAGCGAGACGCGGGCCUGUCCUGCUUGCUACUGUUUUCGCGCCACAGCGAACCCCGCCAGACCAACGGCGAGCCACUCCUUCGCGUUUAUGUACACCUAGGACACCUGCCAGGAAGCUGUUGUAACGGGGAGAAAGCCACGCGGACCUACCAUAAAAGGCUUUUCCUUUACCGUUUUCAAAGCGCUCGGGUCCGAGCUGAUGUCUGCCGCUUUAUGAAGCGAGUGCGAGCGUCCCGGAGACGAGGCAGCGGGGAACUUGCGCUCGCCGGCAUGCCUUUUCCCUCAGCGGUUGGGUGCAGCGGCAGACCUAACUUCGCGGGAAAAUGCGCCUUUCUCGUGUAACUUCUUUGUCCCCUGCGUUUUCCCUCCUCAGAGACGACACGAAGUCGCGGCGGAGGCGAAAGGGACGUGAGUUUCGCUUCUGCUGAUCCUGCAGGUUCGUCACCACACGUUUUCUCGCCAAUUUUUCUCGGCGUCCUGUGUCUCGCGGUUCACGACGCCUACGUUCUUCCGUUGUCUGCACAGAAGGAGCGUUUGUUUUAUUUCAGAGAAAUCGAAAACACGGGCGCGCCCGGAGGAAGCCUCGUCUCGGCGUUCGGGCGGAACCAAGGGAGGAACGGACCCGCCCGCGAACAACACAAUCGAAGCUCGCUGCACAGACUCUGCGCUUCCUUCCGACUUUUCCCCUUUCUCUUUCUCCCUUUCCCCGCUUCUUGAAAAAACGCAGUUCCUGAACGAGGCCGCGCAACGCCUCUUUCUUUCGAGCUCCACCUUCCUGCUCGUUGCGUAUCUGCAUCGGGCUCUCCCUCGACAUCUGGAGGACUCGCGAUUUCUCUCGAGUCUUUCUGUCGAACCACAGAAGGGACUUUUCUGCUAGCUUCACGCACAGCGGCAGGAGCACUCUUUUUUUUCCAUCUGACACGCCACUGGGUGCGCUGCAGCGAGCGACUCAAGGGUAUCGUUGUGUCUCUCCAAUCGUGGAAGGUCGUGCGCUCCUCGAGAUACACCUGAAAGUCCCCAUGAGAGAGACAGACGCCCAGAAAGGGCAAGAACACACUAAAGAUAUAUUGUUCAGUUUUUCUUCACAGUCUCCCGUCUGCCUCUGCUCUGUGGUUCGCUCGUGUCUUUGCCUUUGUUUCGUCAUCGGGCGUCCCGUCGCUUGACGGUUUCUUUUCCGAGCAGCAGGCGUCUUUUGGAAAAAAUCAAGGACUCUCCGAGAAGAGUUCUGUUUUCUCCCGCUCCUUGGUGGCUCUUCUCCCUCCGAACCGUCAAAUGCUCCCUUAACCUUCCACCUUGAGUUGUUCAGCCACCGGUCUCCACUUCUCGUUCUCUUCGCGUGGGGUCCUUCGUUCCCUGUCUCUAUUUCUUUCACUCUUGUUCCUUCUUUCCUUUUUUUCUCUUUAACAUGUCGGGACCUGAAGAGGACGUCUCCGGCGAGGCAGCGUCCUUCGGCCGUUGCAACAGCAGCAGCGGGAGCAGCAGCAGCGCAGAUGCGGCUUCUGCUUCGCUCCCGGUCGCAGAAGAUCCGUGUUCCUUCGCUUCGCCGCCGUUUUUCUCCUCGCUCUCGUCGUCCUCUGCCCUCAUGUCGUCUGCUCUCUCUGCCUCUUUGCCGCCUGCGUCCGGCGCUGCGUCUCUGGAAGGAUUCGGAACCGGGGGGUCGGUGCCGGCUUCGCCUUCGCCACAUUUUUGGUCGCGGCCGAAUCCGUCAGGGACGUCCCCGGGGCCUCGCGCUGCGCACUCGUGCGACGUGAUUGGAACGAAGAUGUUCAUCUUUGGAGGCUGGAACGGGAAGUUCGCGCUCAACGACUUGUUCAUCCUCGACGUCCAGUCGCUGCGCUGGACGCGCGUGGAGCAAGACGGCUGCUCGCCGCCCGAGGCGAGAAACAACCACACUACGGCGGCAGUGGGCGACCGGAUUUUUGUGCACGGCGGUCACGACGGAACUCAGUGGCUGGCCGACCUGCAUGUUCUGGACACGACGCCGGCACACAUGGGCAGACACAGAGGCCUCUCAUGGUCUUCGCCACCCGUCAGUGGCCGGCGACCGAGUGCGCGCGCCUGCCACUCCUUCACGCGCGUCAACGAGAAACUUUACAUGUUUGGGGGCUACGACGGCGCGAACUGUUUCCAGGACAUCGACAUCCUCGACCUGGACACGAUGGCGUGGAUCCAACCUGCGGUGACCGGAGAAAAGCCGCAGGCGAGGAACGCCCACACCAUGACGGUUGUCGACCGGAAACUCGUCCUCUUUGGGGGCCACAGCGGAAACACACACUUAACGGACCUGCACGUCUUCGACACCGCCACGCUCACGUGGACCAAGCCAGAAAUCAGCGGGUCGCCUCCGCCGGGAUUGCGCGGGCACACUGCGAACCUGAUAGGUCACAAGAUCUUCUUGUUCGGCGGCUACGACGGAAAACGUCGAACGAACGAGAUCUACAUUUUAGACACGAAGGCGAGGGCAUGGGUCGUGGUGUCGAACGCGGCCUGCUCAGCAGUCUGCGACAACGCGCCGCCCUCGGGCCGACAGAGGCACAGCGCGGCUUUGGUGAGCAACCGGAAGUUGUUCGUCUUCGGGGGGUUUGAUGGAAACAAGUGGCUGAACGACCUGCAUGUUCUGGACGCGAGUCGCUUCGAGGAAGACGCGCUAAACGACUCGGCGGUCCGCCAGCUCGUGGAGAACCUCCGUUCGCUGGUGAACUGUCCAGACUUCGCAGACGUCGUCCUCGUCGUCGAGGGCCGAGAGAUCCACGCCCACAAAAACAUCCUCGCGGCCAACUGCGCGUACUUCAAGCAAAUGUUCCUAGGCAGCAUGCUCGAGAGCAAACAGAGCAAAGUCGUCAUCCCGGGCUGGUCCUACGACGCGUACAUCGCCAUGAUCGAGUUCCUGUACACUGGAAAACUCAACGAAACACGUACAGACGUCGUAUGCGAGGUGAUGGGCCUCGCAGACCACUACACGCUGUUUACGCUCAAGUCGUACAGCGAGAAUGUGCUGACUGCGCUGGUGGACACCGACACUGUCUGUUCGUUGCUGAAGAGCGCGGAGACGUACCAGGCGCGGAACUUGAAGCGUUUCUGUUUGGACUUUGUCUUCCGCCACGCAGACCAGAUCAUGAACACACCUGCGUUCGACGAACUCGAGGCGAUCCCCUCGCUCGUGAUGGAAAUCGCGAAAAUGAGUCUCGUCAAAAGCCGCAAGGGCGGCGGCGGAAGUGGCGCAGGCUCCGACAGUGGCGGAGUCGACAACGAGCAAAAGCGAGAAACCUCAAGUUCAAGAUAAUGCCGAAAACACAGCCUUCUCUGCCCCCUUCUCUGCAUCUCGCACUCGGAACGCAUGUGAAUGUGCGCGGACAUAUCUCUCUCGAAUAUGAAGACAGGCGUAGCUGUCUAUCUGCAUCUAGGUGGAUAUAUAUAUAUAUAUAUAUAUAUAUGGAUAUAUGCGCAGGGAUUCGCAUGUACCCAAGUGCAUGGAAGGGAGAAGGGAUGGAUCUAGAGGAGUCUGCGUGGACAGCCGGAGAGCGAGGGCAAGGGAGCGACCUGGAGGGGAGACGGAAGCUGGGGCUGAAGGGAGACUGGGCCGGAGUUUCGCAUUUCUCGAGUGGCGAUCGUCCGGCGCGCAUGCAUAUUCGUUUUCUUCUCAGAUCUAGAGAACUCUGUGCGUGUAACGGCCUCAGGGCAUGCAAUACCAAACAGAUAACAACUGAAGCUAGACUCCCUGUUACAGAUUAUAUAAAAUGGGAUUCCUAGGUACACCUGCGUCUGUUUUGAGGGACGACGCAGAGACGAAGGAGUUGAAGAGGAAAGCAGAAGAGGAAAGGACAAAGCGAAGAUGCCACAGAGGAAAGGCUAACGAGAAGAAUGCCGUGGAGGCGAAAUGAGUUCGCGGAACGCGCGGCUCCAGACCUCGGCAGGACGGUACAAGCUCAAAAGUGAGGAGAGCCUGGUUGUGGGUUGAGGCACAAAGAUAAAGACAAAGACAGCGACAUCAGAGAGGGCGAUAGCGAUGACGAUUUAAAGACGAGAGGAAGUGAGAGAGGACAUGCAUGAAGAGGAGAGAGACUGCACUGGACCCAUUCCCCCAAAGAAAGGUUGUAGUUCUGCGCUUCUGUUUGCCUUUGGUUUUAGAGAACGGCUAGGUACUUAAAGGCGAUGAAGGACGUAAAAAGUACAUACUAAAAACGCAUUUAGAACUGAUGACGCACAUACUUUAAAAUAGGGCAUUGUGUCACGUUUUCCGUGCGGCUGCACACCUGUCUUUGGUCCGCUGGACUCUGAUUUUUUCUUUCUCUUCGUCUGGUUCGCUGGACCGGCUCUCUCCUGAGGAUUCAGGCGUCUCUCGAGGAGGAAUGGGGAGGGGGCGGAGGAGCGAAAAGAGAAGAGUAAUGAGCACAAAAAAAUCUUGUUUGUGGGGCAAGAAGGGGAGAAGUUCUGCUUGGUAGGUGAGAAACAGCGGAGUGCAGCCGCGCCCAAGACUGCGCAGUGGAGGAGCGACUCGAGCCCAUGGGCGUCGCGACUCUGUGCGUGGUCGCGAGGUGUACAUACAGUUGAAACUUGAGACUUAAGAGUCCGAAAUAAAAACGGUUCUUUUUCAGUUUGCUUUCCGCGCUCCGGUUUCACCUGGACACUCUCUGCAUUCCCACCCGUAAAAACAGAACAACGGUGUAGU